AUGUCUGACUCACAGCCGACACGACCGCCGCGUCUGACCCGAGCGUCCAGUAAGGAGUCGUCGUCUGUGCUAAAGGGAGGUCUCCUGAUGUCAGUGAUCCGAACGCUGACCUCUUCGCGGGACUCUUCGGACAGAGACCGAGAGAAGGCAAACCUCGAGCGAGAGUUCAAGGAAUGUGACGCCAAACUGUCGUCUCUGGUCGUCGGCCACCACCAGGACCUGACUCAGGCAUGUAUUCAGUGCCCACACUGUGUUCCGGUGAUGUCCGCGUACUCGAAGAUCUCGCAUCGGCUGAAGUCGUCCCGCGAGCGAGUAGUGGUCACCAGAGAUAAGCUGCAGACGUGUCAGAAGCUGUUGCACUGCAAACGCGACGAACUGAAGAAACUAUGGCUCGAGUCGGUGGAGAAUAAGGUGAUACUAGAACUGCUGGACCGCGUGGAACAGAUGACUGGUGUACCGCAUCGGGUGGACCAAUACAUACAGCGCAAGCACUAUCUGCACGCCACGCGCCUAUUGGUGGAGUCGCUGCGCGCGAUGGACACGGAUCUGGUGAACGUGGAUGCGCUCAAAGAGGUUAAGUCGGAUCUGGUGGACAAGAAGGAGCACCUCUACGACACCGUCAUCGACGACAUGCACCGACAUCUCUACCAUCGGUCGACCGCAGAGCUUAUCAAACGAUUCAAACGCCACGGCUCUGUUCGCGGCGGUGGUGGUCACGGAUCUGUUGCCGACAACACGCCCGCCCGCAAGAUGUCUGUGGCGGACAUACUGUCACCCGCUGUCCAAUUGGGCGUUAAUAAAAAGCAAAGGAUGGCGUCUAUGCCUCAGUUAGGCGUCAACGGAGACGAGAGCGUCGAAGAGGACACCAACGUAUCGGAUCCCGAAGAGGACAGCAGACAAUUCAUAUCCAUUUUAAUUAAAUGUUUGGCGCUUUUGAACAAAAUUCCCGAAGCGGUCGACACAAUCAAAGAGCGUUGCGAUAAAGAGUUGACAAAUUUGGCCAAACGGACGGGCCGUGAGGUGAGCGGCGACUCGACGGACACCGGCGUCACCACCGACUGGACGGGCGAUAAGACCUUUUCGUUUGUGUUGAGUUCAUCGGCACUGUUAGGCAAUUACAACAGCAAACAGAAGGCGCCGCCGCACUCACUGCAGAACUUCUUGGACCUACUGUUCCAACAGUACCGCACUGUUGUCCAUCUGCACGAGUCGAUCGUAUUGGCCGCACUUCAGCGGCUGGAGUACGACCAGAGUGUGGACAUCGAUGACGUCGCGCUAUACACAAUACCCGACAUCUGGUCUAAAGUGCAGACAAUCGUACAGUACGUGAUGGACCUAUAUCUGGACACCAGCGGCGCGCACAGUAGCGCCAAAGCUAAUCCGGCCAUUAAUCCGUCGGUAGUGUCGGCCAAUCCCACGGUCGCAGACUUAUCCUCGUAUUUCGUGCGCAAAAGCCGUAUAACCGCCGCUCUGACCACUGAUCGCUUAUUGAAGACAAAUAAGGCGCCGCUCUUCCGUUUCGACCACUCAUCGCACGCCAUAUCACUGAACGCCUAUUUGGCCGAACAGAAAGAGGCGGCACUCAAAGAGAUGGUCGCCAACGGCGAGUCCGGCGGCGACACCGGCGACGGUCACGGCAUGGACUCAAUCGACUUUACGCUAAACUCGACCGAGAAGUACAUCGUCUGCGUCCCACAGCCCGAGAACAUUGUCCUAAUGUUCAACCCAUUGAUUAAAUUCAUACGAGAAGUGGAGGACGAGCUGGAACUCGAUGACGGCAGCCAUUGUCCGCUCUAUUUGUAUCUGAUUUCGUGCGCCAAGAGUUUCUGCAAUCAAAUCAACCACGACUUGGAGCGUACCAUCGAUUUGGCCAACAAAUCGCUGGACAUAUGGAAAAUACAAACGGAUCCCGAAUGGCUGGCGGGCGUCGGUCUGUCGCGACCGCGUACCAUCGAUUUGGCCAACAAAUCGCUGGACAUAUGGAAAAUACAAACGGAUCCCGAAUGGCUGGCGGGCGUCGGUCUGUCGCGACCGGUGCUGCACUCGGCGGCGCUCAUAGACCGGGCGAUGUUCGACCUGAAGAACCUGAUGUUCGCGAUGCCACUCUUCGCCGACGACUUCCUGACACUCAUCUGUCAACUGUUGUCCAACUAUAAGGAGGUAUGUCUGGCCGCGUAUCGGGCCAUCGUUCAGCCCGAACCCGACGACAAGCGUAUCAUAAGCGCCACGUGGGCUAAGGACGAGGACAUCAAUCGGUUCCUCAAGUCGCUGCCCAAUUGGGCCACACUAUUGGGCGCUCAGUCGACGGAUCGCCAACAGCAGCAGCAGAAGCAACAGCACCGCAAACCACACGUGCGGCUCCUGUCGCAGGAGUCGCGCAUGACUUUUGACGAGUCGCCCGAAGAGGUCCGCCUUCGCAAUAUGCGUGAGUCGGAGAUACUGACCAGUAAUCUGUCGCAAGAGUCCGCUAUACCGGUGCACGAGAUACUCACUGAUGUGGCGCAGCUCCGGGUGUUGGCCCAACUCCAAGAGUCGAUGGAAUGGUUGGGCAAACGCUGCGACGAAUUGGUCCAAUCGUUACCGCAGUCAUCCGAAGGCCACUUCUUGGCGCCGUCGGUGACCGACGCGAAGUCCAACUACGAGCUGAUGCCGCUGUCGGACGUGUCGAUCGCUACGCUUAACCAACAGAGCCGUGAGUUCGAAGAGUUGGCCGAGACUUGCCUU